AUGGCUUAUAUUUCUUUAGGACCUUUGGUUCCCCCGGCUUUCCUACAAAAUGAAAAUACUGCUAAUUUGAUUCUUAAAGCGACGAAAAAGAUGAAUGUUGAUGACCCCGCCAUCUUUAUUCUAUGGAAUGCUACCGGAUUUAAUGACACCCCGUUGGCAAAUUGUCGUAAUGGUGUCCCUGGCCAAACACAAGGCGCUGUUGUCAACUAUAUUUUAGGAAGUGGCGGUAGAGAUUUUAACGGUUUGAAUACCUUGUUUUUGUUUAGAAAUAACUUAGCAAUUACUCGCUGUCAAUAUGGGUUUCCUCUAUGGUAUGAGAUUUUUCAUGUUUAUUUUUGA